AUGGGCAUAUUCAAAGGUCACCUACGGCAUUGCGUCAAGGAGGCUUCGGAAAGGGUGAACAUAUACUCGGACAUUGCCACGUCUACGCAUACAGCGGCAUCUAGGCCAAUACGCACACGAUAUCAGAGAUAUAUGAGAGAAAUGUUUGUAUGUCGUCUGCCGGCAGGAGAAGAGAAAGAGGAAAAAGAGCCUACAGAAAGUCGGGCACAAAGAGACGAUCAGGCAACUUUAUGCGAGUUCCUCCCACUCAAAUGGAACGCGCAAAGACCGUCCCGGUUGACAUUUCAGAUCGUCUGGGAUGAGGAUGAUCGAAAGCGAUACUUUUACGCGCCUUUAAUGGCAUAG